UCCGCCGGGCCGGGCCAGCUUGGCAGCCACCCCCAAACAAACCGAGAGCGUGGGCCUCGCCACAGCCGACGAGACGAAAACGCAACCAUGCUUAUUUGUUAGCGCUUCUUGCGAAGGACGCGGAAGGAAGCCUAGAGCUACUUUAAGAAAAAUGGCGUUGUCAGCCCAACAGAUACCCAGAUGGUUCAAUUCAGUUAAAUUGAGUAGCUUCAUUACAGCUACACAACUUCAAAAACAUUUUCCGAGACCAGGAAAAACACUGUUGCAUGGCUUUUCUGCUCAGCCACAGAUGUCUUCUGACAAUUACUUUGUCCAGUGGGGAUUCAAGACGUACAGGACUUCCUCCUUAUGGAAUAGUUCCCAGUCUACCAACUCAAGUAGGCAAGAGAUUGGUUCUGCCCAAGGUACUCUGCUUCCUUCCAUGAAUGAACAGACACAGAAGACAGAAAACAUACCCAGUUUUGAUUCUGAGCUGUCUCUGGAAGCACUGGACGACCUGCCUCCAGUGUCUCCGUUACAGCCGGUUUCUGAGGAGGAGGCCGUUCAGAUUAUUGCAGACCCGGCGCUGCCCCCAGACACGUACACACUCCGAGACUACGUGGAUCAUUCUGAGACUCUGCAGAAAUUAGUGCUGCUAGGAGUGGAUCUCUCAAAGAUAGAAAAACAUCCUGAUGCAGCCAACCUCCUUCUGAGACUGGAUUUUGAAAAAGACAUUAAGCAAAUACUUAUGUUUCUUAAGGAUUUGGGUAUAGAGGAUAACCAGCUGGGAACAUACCUGACUAAAAACUAUGCUAUUUUCUCUGAAGACCUUGAAAAUCUUAAGACCAGAGUGGCUUAUCUGCAGUCAAAAAAUUUCAGUAAGGCACAUAUUGCACAGAUGGUCAGAAAUGCGCCAUUUUUGCUGAGUUUUUCAGUGGAAAGAUUGGAUAACAGAUUGGGAUUUUUUCAGAAAGAACUUGAACUUAGUGUGAAGAAGACUAGAGACCUGGUAGUUCGUCUCCCAAGGCUACUAACUGGAAGUCUGGAACCCGUGAAAGAAAACAUGAAGGUUUAUCGUCUUGAACUAGGUUUUAAACGUAAUGAAAUCCAACAUAUGAUCACCAAAGUCCCAAAGAUGUUGACUGCAAAUAAAAGGAAACUGACUGAGACUUUUGACUAUGUGCACAAUGUGAUGAGCAUUCCCCACCACCUCAUUGUCAGGUUCCCACAGGUAUUUAAUACAAGGUUGUUUAAAGUCAAAGAAAGGCAUUUGUUCCUUACCUAUUUAGGAAGAGCACAAUAUGAUCCAGUAAAACCUAACUACAUCUCUUUGGACAAGUUAGUGUCUGUACCUGAUGAGAUAUUUUGUGAAGAGAUUGCCAAAGCCUCAGUACAAGACUUUGAAAAAUUCUUAAAAACUCUUUAGUUUUUGAUGAUGUUAAGAUAUAAUAAUGUAAAAUGAAUGUAUAUAUGAAUGAAUGAUACAUAUUUUUAAAUAAAUGCCUCAGGCCUCCACUGAUCCUGGAAAAAA